UUUCUCUCUCUCUCUCUCUCUUUCUCUCUCUCUCUCUCACACACACACAUUCUCUUCUUUAUGAAAUUCAUCUCAUACACACCGUUGUUCAUGUCAGAGUUUUUUGGGUGAAUGUCAGACUCAAUGAGAUCAUGAACUACAUACUUGUAGGUUAUUUUCUGCUGUUGUUGGUCAACCUCGCAGUGUCGGCUGAUUUUCAAGUUCAGCAAAAGCCCAGGUUUUAUGGCGUCAAAGUGGGAAAGCAGGUGGGAUUUACAUGUUCUGCUUCUGAUCUCACCCUUGGUCAGGCAGUGGUGAUGUGGUACAAGAUUGAAAAAUAUGGAGACGACAAAGAUCGCAUACGUCCAUUAGAGAAUCGGAGAGUAGUUCAGCAUUCAGGUAACAUGAAGGGUCAGUUAUUCAUCAGGAAUGUAGAGGUCAAAGACAGUGGCAUUUACUACUGCAAGAUGAACCAGACUUGGGGACUUGGAACAGAGCUGCAAGUAUUCAGACGGAGCAAACCAAAAGUGAUUGAACGGAGGAACUACAUGAAAGACAUAAUCAUUUUCUUCCAGGGUUUUCUCAUCAUGUUAUGUGUAAUCAUUCCCUUGGUCUGGUAUUACAGAUUGGAGCAAAAAGAGGAAGCCGUAUAUGAAGAGCCUGAGCAUGAUCAUACAUAUGAGGGUUUGGAGAUUGAGCACUGUGGGGACCUCUAUGAAGACCUAACUGCAUUUUCUCAAAACCCAGAUGCAGAGGCAUCCUGGGAAAUCGAGUCUCCAGAACAGGAGUGAUAAUUUUAUGAUUCAGAGUACAUAUCAUUUAGUAGGCGAACUGAACUACAUGAUUUUCUUGGAGAAACAUUUUUUUGUGGAUUGAAAAUUUAGGAUUACAUCACAUUGCAUAUAUAAAAAAAAAUUAAGUAUAGUACACAAAAUAUUUUAUCAUCUACCAUGCUUAAUUUUUCCUACAUUGUCUCUAUAUUAUAUAAUAUAUAAUAUAAUAAUAUAAUAUAUAUUAUAUAAUAUAAUAAGCCUUGCACUUACUUAGUCCUUAGUUUCUUUUGUAUUCUUUUGUUUCACUAUAUAUAAAAUAUAAUAUUAUAUAAUAUGAUAAGCCUUGCACUUACUUAGUCCUUAGUUUCUUUUGUAUUCUUUUGUUUCACUAUAUAUAAAAUAUAAUAUUAUAUAAUAUAAUAAGCCUUGCCCUUACUUAGUACUUAGUUUCUUUUGUACUCUUUUGUUUCAUUAAAGGCCAAGAUCUGCUUUAUUUUAUUCACCAGCUUAAGCUUGGUUUGUGGAAACUAUUAAUUUUAUGGUGCUCUGUAUAUUAGUAUUGAAAGAAAUCUCAAUGGAAAGGACGAGUUAUGAGAUUUGUUCCACCAGAAUAAAGACAUGUGGCCAUCA